GACUCUACGACAAAUAAAAGGAAGGACGUGAAGACAUCAGGAUGUUCAAAAAAUGCAGUACCCUUUGCUUCCCUUCCCCGAAAAAAGCGCAUUGGGUCUAGCAGGAGCCACAACACAAACAAAGACAAAUUGAGCACUGAAAUUUUUGAACUAUGCCUGGAGGAUAUUUGGACUUGCAUGGAUGAUCCAAAUAAAAAAGGCGAUUUUGAGCGCUUGGAUUCACUUUGGUUUCACUUGUACUCCGACAUGAACUAUAAUAAUAAAGCAAGUAUUCUACAAAGAAUAAAAGAAAAGGAUAUAUUUUCAAGACGAUAUGUAUUUGUGCCUAUUCUUCUUUGGGGACACUGGAGCCUCCUAGUGUUGUGCAACUUUGGUGAGACAAACUACCUGGGUACUGAAAAAGGACCACGAAUGCUUCUACUGGAUUCACUUAAAACAACAAACCCAAUAAGGCUGCGAUUGAGCAUCAACAGAUUCAUUGAAGGUAUUUUUAAGAACCAAGAGAGAGAAGAUCAAUUGCAGCAGUUCAAAAACAAAGUCAAGCUUGAGAUUCCUGAGGUGCCACAGCAAACUGGGGAGGACUGCGGAAUAUAUUGUCUUUACUUCGUUUACUGUUUUCUUGUACUCGAAGAACUGGGAGAAAAUUUGAGCAAGCUGGAUGCCAUGUUCAAUCCUGAGGAGCUGGAGAACAUAGAGAACAUCCGCGGGGAUAUUCACUCGUUCCUAACCAAAAGGAAUGCCAAGAAAGCAGGGUAGAGUGCAAGGCAAGAUCACACCAAGUUUACUGGAUAUAUUAUUGGGUAUUUGGUAACAAAAGCUUUCAUCUUCCCUGGUGGCUAGUUCUGAGGAGUGCAUACGAUUAUGGAGAAUCUGUUUAUGCAUUCAGUAAAGG